CGAGAGAAAGCGUGCAACAGAGGGAGACCGUACCCACUGUAGCAUCAGUGUGUGACAGGUGGUGCCUGAUAACACUGAUAUUGAGCUCCUUCAGUGGAGAACUUGCUGAGCUACCCUUUUUUUCAUUUGCAAGAGGAUGCCAGCUCUAAGCCAGUGCAAUUGAUGACAGACUGGAUCUUGGAAUAGUUCGUUUCACUUACAAUUACAUCUCUCAUGUUCUGCUUCUCUGAAGAAAGGCUUAUUACGGAAGACAAAAAUUCAUUCUCUCCCCUUACCUCACAUAUUAUUGAUGAUAUACAGAGUUUGAUCUUCCAGUGAAAGCUACUGAAUCAGGAUUUUGGCGUCUUCAGUGGAGGCUUGCAAGACUGUUCGGUGGAAAACACAUUUCUAAGGUCUUGGCUAGUCAUCAAGCUACAAAACAAAUUCAAGACCAGAAGACAAAAAGGCAGCUGAAGUAGUAAUUCUCCUGAAGAAUUAAGACACCGGUGUCUUUGAGCUAAGGAGGCAGUAGGUUUGAUUUGGCAAACCAUUUGGAAAAGGAGGAGUGGAGAAGUGCCCUGUAACCAUUGAACAAUAGAAAAUGGUCGGCCGUGGAACUCUAUUGUGAAGACCUCAGAAGAAAUAUCAAUUUUUCCAGUCAGCUUUUCAUAAUGUAAAUAUAAUUUGAGCUUUCCCAAAUGGGCAGCUAAACCAUGAACAAGCAGAAAAACCUAAUUUGGACUGUAUUUCUGAAGCAGACUUCGCCUUCACUCUCGGGAACUUAUUGAAGGAUUACAGCUUAAAAGGACAAGAGAAAGAAAACCUUGAACAGGAAUCUUAUCCUACAAUGAGAAUUACAAGUACAUCUUGUAUCUGCCCAGUCCUAGUUUGUCUCUGUUUUGUACAGAGGUGUUGUGGAGCUGCUCACCAUGGCUCCAUCAAGGUGACCAGAAAUCAAACCAAACACAUAGAAGGCGAAACAGAAGUGCAUCAUCGUCCAAAGCGUGGAUGGGUGUGGAAUCAGUUCUUUGUUUUAGAAGAACACAUGGGACCAGAUCCUCAGUAUGUAGGAAAGCUGCAUUCCAAUUCCGACAAAGGUGAUGGAUCAGUCAAAUACAUUCUUACUGGAGAAGGGGCAGGGACUAUAUUUAUUAUUGAUGACACAACUGGAGACAUCCAUUCAACCAAAAGCUUAGAUCGAGAGCAGAAGACACACUACGUGCUUCAUGCCCAAGCUAUUGACAGACGGACAAACAAGCCACUCGAGCCUGAAUCUGAGUUCAUUAUCAAAGUGCAGGAUAUCAAUGACAAUGCACCAAAAUUUACAGAUGGACCAUACAUUGUUACUGUGCCAGAGAUGUCUGAAAUGGGUACAUCUGUUCUACAGGUGACAGCCACAGAUGCAGAUGACCCCACAUAUGGAAACAGUGCCAGAGUAGUGUACAGUAUUCUUCAGGGACAGCCAUAUUUCUCUGUUGACCCCAAAACAGGAGUCAUCAGAACUGCCUUGCACAAUAUGGACAGGGAAGCCAGAGAGCAUUAUUCCGUUGUCAUUCAAGCCAAAGAUAUGGCUGGGCAGGUCGGAGGGCUGUCAGGGUCAACAACUGUAAAUAUCACACUCACAGAUGUCAACGACAAUCCACCCAGGUUUCCUCAGAAACAUUAUCAACUGUAUGUUCCUGAGUCGGCUCAAGUUGGAUCGGCAGUUGGCAAAAUCAAAGCAAAUGAUGCAGACACUGGCUCAAAUGCAGACAUGAAGUACACGAUUAUAAAUGGUGAUGGCGCUGGGGUAUUCUCCAUAUCUACUGACAAAGAAACCAGGGAAGGAAUUCUCUCUCUGAAGAAGCCACUCAACUAUGAAAAAAAGAAAUCAUAUACACUUAAUAUAGAAGGAGCAAAUACUCACCUGGAUUUUCGCUUUUCGCACCUGGGACCAUUCAAAGAUGUAACAAUGUUGAAGGUCAUCGUUGGUGAUGUGGAUGAACCCCCGCUCUUCACCAUGCCUUCCUAUGUCAUGGAAGUUUAUGAAAAUGCAAAGAUUGGGACUCCUGUUGGCACAGUAACAGCACAUGAUCCUGAUGCUGCAAACAGUUUAGUGAGAUAUUUCAUUGAUCAUAACACAGAAGAAGACAGGUAUUUCACCAUUGAUGCUAGCACUGGAACCAUUAAGACUGCCAGGAUCUUUGACAGAGAGGAGACACCUUGGUACAACAUCACAGUGGCUGCUUCUGAGAUAGACAAUCCUGAGCUAGUGAGCCACGUUCCAGUUGGUGUUAGAAUCCUGGAUGUCAAUGACAAUCCUCCCGAGCUUGCCAGAGAUUAUGAUGUAGUCGUCUGUGAAAAUUCAAAGCCUGGUCAGGUAAUUCAGACUAUCACUGCUACUGACAAAGAUAACUCUGCAAAUGGCGCAAGAUUCCAUUUUUCUCUUGAUGAAGGGCUUACUUUGAAUCCCAACUUUACUCUAAGGAACAAUGAAGAUAAUACGGCCAGUAUUCUGACAAGACGAAGGAGAUACAGUCGAACCACCCAAGAUACCUAUUACCUCCCCGUUUUGAUUUCUGAUGGCGGCGUUCCCCCUCUCAGCAGCAGCAGCACCCUCACCAUCCGGGUUUGUGCCUGUGAGAGGGACGGACGAGUGAGAACUUGCCAUGCUGAAGCUUUCCUCUCCUCAGCUGGCUUGAGCACGGGAGCUUUAAUUGCCAUCCUGCUCUGCAUUGUCAUCCUUCUUGUUUUCUCUUUAGCAAUUGUGGUCCUUUUCAUCACCCUAAGACGUAGCAAGAAGGAGCCUUUGAUCAUUUCAGAAGAAGAUGUCCGGGAAAAUGUUGUGACAUACGAUGAUGAGGGAGGUGGAGAGGAAGACACGGAAGCAUUUGACAUCACAGCACUGCGGAAUCCAUCUGCUGCUGAAGAGCUGAAAUACCGGAGGGAUGUUCGGCCUGAAGUGAAGCCUCUGUCCAGGCAUCAUCCCUCCUCAAGCCUUGACAGUAUAGAUGUUCAGGAGUUCCUUAAUCAAAGACUGGCAGAGGCUGAUCUGGACCCCAGCGUGCCCCCAUAUGACUCCCUGCAGACAUAUGCCUAUGAGGGUCAUCGAUCAGAAGCUGGGUCUAUCAGCUCUCUGGAUUCAGCAACGACACACUCUGACCAGGACUAUAAUUACCUUGGAGACUGGGGACCCGAGUUCAAGAAGCUAGCUGAACUCUAUGGGGAAAUAGAACCAGAAAGAACAACUUAGUUGUAAUUCCCAGAACAGAGAAGUUCCUAAACCACUGGACAGAUAAUGACAACAAUGGUAACAAAAAAAAAAAAAAAUGAAUACAGUACUUGGAACUGAGUAAGUUGUAUGCAGUUACUGUAGAACAAGUGCCCUUUUCAUAUUUGAAACUGGGUUCUCCAAUUGAAAGAAAGUCAAAUUUUGGAAAAUACAGAAAAAAGAAUCUAUUGUCCCUUGUGUAUUUUUUUUUAAUUGCUCAUUAAAGUGUCUGGUACCUUAUCUGCAACAAUACCUAAAGUAAAGCCAAGAAAUGAUAUUUUUAUUGCAAUAUGCAUAACAGCUCCAAGCUGCUGUAAGUUUAUGGUCAUGUCUGUUUGAGAAGAGAGCUAAAAAAGGAUCAAAUGUCUUGCAGGUGGUUGUGAUGUUGCAUUUCUAGCUGUGUUCUAGGCCUUGUGAUCCCAACAUGAGGUAGACAAUGAGGUUUACUAUCAGUGUGAGAAGUGAUACCAGUCUGUUUCCUUUACAGAGGUGAUAAGCCACACCUGUCCUCUUAAAUAAAUGGUCCUUUGAUGAUUUAAUCUUAUUGACUUAGCAGGUUGCAUUGAGAAGCUGUCAUUUUGUAAUGUCCUUCAUAAUCUUGUCAUCCAUAACCAGCUAACAGAUGGAGGGCAUCAUUAUCUGUAUCUCAAACUCAGCUCUAGCCCAUAACCCCAGACCUGCUCUAUUACUGCGUGCUGGAGGAGCAGUUGUUUCGAGUGUUGUGCUUUUUCUUUUUU